AUGGCUGAAAGUUUUCAGGAAGAAAGUAGUGAGCGCCGCUCUAUUCCAGCAGAGAAAGUUUGUGAUUUUAUCAUGCGUGUAGCAUGCCCUAUCCUAGACCUCGAUGAUGAUAGAAUGUAUUCAGUGCUUCAUGCCAGUUCAUCGCAAGAGCUUCUCAGCUUAUUUGUAGCUGAAGCUCAGAAUAAAGCUCUGAUCAUUACCAAAUCUGACGAAGAUGUCACUUUGAGUCUACAGGUUGAAUAUAAAGGGCCGACCUAUGCAAUGUUAGCACUUGUUAAGCGUGAAGCACAAGGAAUGCUUGAAGAUGCACCUCUGGGACCUCAAUUACAGGUGGUGAAUUUAAGCUAUAUAAGCCCAGAUAGCACUCCUUUUGAACUCCUUCACACCUAUUUGCAAGCUUCAUUUGCACCUCUAUUCAACUCCUUUAAAGGUGGUCAAAAUGUUUCUCAUGAAGAAGACAACAAAAUGGAAACAAAGGUCGGACUUGCAGCAGUUCAAAAGAAAAUUUCAGAAACAAUGCUUGCUUUGAUGCAAUGUCAGCAAAACGUAGAAAUCCCUGAGGUUAUUUUGGUGAUUGAUCCUGAAGUCAAAGAAAAAGCUUCAAGAGCGAAGUUGCUCAAUUCCAGACUGACAGUAGAGAUGUUUGAAAGCUUGAUGAGUGACAAAGAGUUUUUGUCAAACCUGACUCAAUGUGUAGAUAAAUGGAUUCAUGAAAUUAUAAGAAACCCUAUUGAAUUAUGAUAAUUUUUUUUAAUAAUAAUGAAUAUAGCUAUAUUUAAUAGAAAAGUAUAGAAAAGUUACAAGGCUCUCAACUAAGGACAAUCUAGCACCCAGUAUCUUGCAUGAGGUAAAUUUCUGGGAAUGCUUAACAAGAGCACUUAAUCACAUUGACAACCAAUUAAAGCUUCCUGAAGUCACUAUAACAUUAGAUCUUUUAAAACAAGCGAAAAGAAUCCACACUAUGAUGUCAUUUCAUACUGACACAGGGCUAGACCACGCAUUAAGCAUCUGCACAACCGCAAAUAUCUUGAUGAAAGAUUUCCCAGCCCAAAAGCUAUUAUCAGCAGACAGCAUUGAAAGCAUAAGUGAAUCAAUCGACGCUAUAUUUACGCACAUGAAAAAGCUUAAACACAAUGAUUCAUAUCCUCUCAUUAAAGCUCAACAGAUAAUUGAUUUAGUCUCCAAAGAUAUGGCCUUUCAGCUUAUGAGAAUCCUUCAUAGAGAUCGCCUAAUGGCCUUGGAAUGGGACGAGUUUUCUAAAAUUAUGAAGCAAUCCCAAACUAUUUUUACAACUUGGGAAGAAAAUUAUAAACUUUUUAAAGAAAUUAUCAGAAGUCAAGCACGCAGAAAAGGAGGAAAUGAAAGGCUUCUGCCUAAAAAGUCAUUUGAGCAUUCCAAUUUAGAAGCAAGAAUCAAUGACUUAAUCACUUUUAGAAAAAAUCAUGAAGAGCUGAAAAAUGUGAUUACAAGAGUUUUCGGUGAGGACAGACAACAAGGCGAAAUCAUGGCCUUAAAAGAAAUCAAUUUGGCUUAUAACCACUUCACCAGCUUCGAUAUAUUAGAUUUAAGCAAAGAAGGUACUGAAAUUUGGGAAGCUGCCAAAAAACAAUACGAACAGAAAAUAGACAGGGUAGAAAGCCAAAUUACAGCUAAACUUAGAGACAGGCUAGGGAGUGCAAAAUCAGCUAAUGAGAUGUUCAGAGUUUUUAGCAAGUUUAAUGCGCUUUUCUUCAGACCAAGAAUAAGAGGAGCUAUCCAGGAAUACCAAACUCAGCUGAUCACUCAAGUGAGGAGUGAUAUACAAAUUUUGCAAGAAAAAUUCAAGAAGCAUUAUUCUAACACUGAAGCAGCUUUGGUAAGCAAAGUAAGAGACUUCCCUGAGGUGUCUGGAGCCAUUAUAUGGGCUAAGCAGAUAGAAAGAAAGCUGCAGAUCUAUAUGAAAAGAGUUGAAGAUGUGCUAGGAAACACGUGGGAAGCGCAUCCUGAAGGCAAAAAGUUAAAAGAGAUUGGAGACGCUUUUGCAAGAAAAUUAAGCACCCAGAAGCAGGUAGAAAAGUGGAUUGAGGAUAUGAUGGCUUAUAGUGCCACUUUUGAUUUUUCUGAUAAAAUAUUUGACGUUGUGCAAAAAAGAGACCCCAAUGGAAAAGAAUAUUUAGAACUUGUCGUGAAUUUUGAUGAACAGGUCAUCAAUUUGUUUAAAGAAGUCAGAGCGCUAAGCUGGCUAGGGUUUAAAGGUCUAAUUGCAAUGAAAAUUAAAGCAGAUGAUAUUAAAACUUAUUAUCCGUACUCCACAAGUCUUCAAGAAGCUCUCAGAACUUAUCAGCAGACUUGCAUAAAAAUUGACGUCCAAAUUGAAAAAUUAGUAGCCGAAAACAAGUCAGAGAUCCAAAAAAUUUUCUUACUCCCUAAAGUAUGAGCAAAACUAUUAGGAAAUUCCUUAUUUUUAGCAAGUUAAGUCACUUAGCUAGAUCAAAAACUUUUUAAUAUAUAUUUUUUGAGUAUAAUUUAUAUUGAUAUAUAAUUGAUAAUUAUAAUAAUGAGAUUUCCAGCUAAUCUAUUAAAUAUAAUCCUAAAGCAUUAAUUUGAGAAGUUAAAUUUCAAUAAAAUCUGCAUUUUUAAAUCCAAAAUAAAAAUUAACACUAAUCAAGAAGGAGCUAGAAGGAACCUCACUUAUGUGGAACUCAGAAACUAGGCUUGAUAACUAUGUAAAAAAGCUUAUGGAGAAGGUAAUUAAAUUUGAAGAAAAAGUCAUAGACCUAUUAGAGAAAAACAACCAAAUCCAACAUGAGCUUGAAAAUAUGGAAACCUGCGCCAUAACCGUCGAAAACUUCACAGAAAAAAUGAAUAAAAUUCAAAGAGUAAUUGACGACCUCAGCUUGCUUGACUUAUCAAAUCUUGAAAUCUGGGUAGAAGAGCUUGAUAAAAAAAUCGAAGAAGUGCUAAAGAAAAGAGUUUCUGAGCUGAUUAGAACUUGGAUAAAAGAAUUCCAGCGCUGGGAUGAGCUGAAAAAAGACGCGCUCUAUAUAAACUGUAACACAGUUCACGAAAUUAAGCUGAAAGACCAAACUCUAUUUUUAGAUCCUCCUUUAGAAGAAGCAAGAGCCUUUUGGAGCACUUUAUUGCAUAGGCAAUUUUAUAUCAUUUGUGGCUUGAACAGAAUAGAAGCAACUGAGUACGAAAUUCUUGAACAAUACACUAAAAGAGACUAUACAGGAAUUUUAGCUGGGCUAAUGGAAGAUAUUGUACAAGCUUAUGAUACUCUUGAAGUAAUUCUAAAACAAACUGAAGACUAUGUCAAAACUUGGCUAGGUUAUCAAGCACUUUGGGAUACUCAAGCUUCUGAUGUCUAUAAAGAACUUGGAGACAGCAUUGAGCUUUGGCAACAAUUGUUGGAAGAAAUUAAGCAAAAUAGAAUCACCUUUGAUAACUCAGAAACUGAAAUCCAUUUUGGGCCAAUUGUGAUUGAUUAUAAGGCAGUCCAAACAAAAGUCAACCAUAAAUAUGACCAAUGGCAUAAAGAAAUCUUAACAAGAUUUGGGACUAAGCUUGGCGAAACUAUGAGAAGCUUCAAUUCCACUAUCACUUCUGCAAGAAUCCAGCUCGAAAAACAGUCAUUGGAUUCAGCUUCAUCUGAUGUCACCUUAUUUAUAACAGAAAUCCAGGAUGUCAAGAAAAACUUAGAAGCUUGGGACGGUGAAAUGAACAAAUAUAGAACUGCCCAACGUCUACUUGAGCGACAAAGGUUCCAUUUCCCAUCAGACUGGCUUUGGAUUGAGCAGCUAGAAGGAGACUGGUCUUCAUUCAGACAAAUCCUUACCAAAAAGAGCCAAGCAAUGGAAGCUGAAAUCCCAACCCUACGAGCCAAGAUUAACAAUGAAGAAAAAAUGGUCAUGGACAAGAUCAAAGAAUUAGAAGACGCUUGGAAAAACCAAAAACCUUACGGAGGCGAGCAAUCUCCACAACAAGCCAUUGAAGCUAUUGGAGCAUUAGACACCAAAGUGAAAAGAGUGGCUGAACAAUACGUCAAAAUCUGCAAAGCAAAAGAAGUUUUAGAUAUGGAAGUGCCUGACCCAGAAAGACUUACGCCGCUAGAAGAAGAGCUGAAAGGACUUAAAGAGGUAUGGACUGAGCUUUCAAGAGUAUGGAGCUCUGUUGAAGCUUUAAGAGACACUCCAUGGAGCGCAAUCGUGUCUAAGAAGAUAAGAGGCACUUUAGAAAAAGCCAUUGAAGACUUAAAUGCUCUACCAAACAGAUUGAGACAAUAUGAAGCAUUCGAUGCGAUGAAAACCAAGCUCAGCAAGCUUAUGAAAUCCAAUAAGAUCAUUUCUGAGCUAAAAUCAGAAGCAUUAAAAGAAAGGCAUUGGAAAAACCUAAACCAGAGGCUUAAGCUCAGACAAGGCGGGAUUAGUGAAAUGACACUUGGGAAUAUUUGGGAUGCAGACCCAUUGAAGCAUGAAAAGUAUAUCAAUGAAAUUCUUUCACAAGCAGCUGGAGAAAUGGCGUUAGAAGAAUUCUUAAAGGGUGUCAGAGAAUACUGGACCAAUUUCUUAUUAGACCUCGUGAAUUAUCAAAAUAAGUGCAGACUUAUAAAAGGUUGGGAUGAUUUAUUCGGGAAGCUUGACGAACAUAUCAACUCUUUAACCUCUAUGAAAAUGUCACCACAUUAUAAAGUCUUUGAAGAAGAAGUCGCCCCAUGGGACGACAAGCUCCAAAAAAUCCGUGUAGUCUUUGACAUAUGGAUUGAUGUACAAAGAAGGUGGGUUUAUCUUGAAGGGAUUUUCUUUGGAUCUGCUGAUAUCAAGCAGCAACUUCCUACUGAAUUUGCCAAAUUCAAAAGCAUUGAUAGUGAAUUUACCUCUUUAAUGAGAAAAGUCAGUGCAAAGCCAUUAAUUCUUGAUGUAAUGGCAGUCCCUGGAAUUCAAAAAACAUUAGAAAGACUCAGCGAGCUGCUAGCAAAGAUCCAAAAAGCGCUAGGAGACUACUUGGAAACCCAAAGACAAGCAUUUGCUCGUUUCUACUUUGUAGGAGAUGAAGAUUUGUUAGAAAUCAUUGGUAAUAGCAGAGAUGUGGUUAAUGUCCAAAGACACUUUACCAAGAUGUUUGCUGGAAUUUCAACUUUGGUUUCCCCUGAUAAUGAUACAUUGGUAGCUAUGGUUUCCAGAGAAGACGAAAGGGUGAAUUACCCAAAUCCUGUAAAAAUCAGUGACGAUCCUGCUAUAUAUGCCUGACUCAGCAAAGUAGAAAACCAAAUGAGAGAUAGUCUUGCUUAUAAUUUAGAACAAUGCGUCACAAGAAUUGCAUCCAAUGAAAGUUUCUUAGAAGUCGCCAGCAUUUUCCCUGCACAAAUUAUGCUUCUUGCUUCACAAGUAGACUGGUCCCACAGAAUUGAAGCAAAUAUCCCUACAAAAUCAUUAGGAACUGUUGAGGAAUAUACAGUAAGCAUGCUUAUGGCGCUUGCCAGAGAAGUCUUAAGCAACCUUGCCCCACAGAUCAGGAAAAAAUAUGAGCAACUUAUUACAGAUCUUGUCCAUCAAAGAGAUGUAACUAGAAGUCUGAUAUCUUUAGGGAUUGAGUCGACAAGAGAUUUCAAUUGGCUUAUUCAUAUGAGAUUUUACUGGUAUCCGAAGGAAUCAGACCCAUUGAAGAAACUUAAUAUUGAAAUGUCAAAUGGGCAUUUCUAUUAUGGCUUUGAGUAUUUAGGGGUUGGAGAUAAAUUAGUGCAGACUCCUUUGACUGACCGUUGCUAUUUGACACUGACUCAAGCUUUGCAUAUGAGAUUGGGAGGAAACCCAUUCGGACCUGCAGGAACUGGUAAAACUGAGUCUGUCAAAGCAUUAGGAGCUCAAAUUGGAAGAUUUGUGUUGGUCUUUAACUGUGAUGAAACCUUUGACUUCCAAGCAAUGGGAAGAAUCUUUGUCGGGCUUUGCCAGGUCGGUGCUUGGGGUUGUUUUGAUGAGUUCAAUCGUUUAGAAGAAAGAAUGCUGUCUGCAGUUUCUCAACAAAUCUUGGUCAUUCAAACUGGUCUUAUGGAGCUACUUAAUAAGAUUGAGCUACUAGGAAAAGAAGUUAAGCUCAAGCCUGAUGUCGGAAUUUUCGUUACAAUGAACCCUGGAUAUGCUGGAAGAUCCAACCUUCCUGACAACUUGAAGCAGCUUUUCAGACAAAUUGCUAUGGUUAAGCCAGAUAAAGAACUUAUUGCACAAGUCAUGCUUUAUUCUCAGGGUUUCCAAACAGCUGAAAGACUUUCUGGUAAAAUUGUGUCGCUAUUUGAUUUGUGUAAUGAUCAGCUAUCUAAUCAGCCACAUUAUGAUUUUGGACUGAGAGCACUUAAAAGUGUCCUUGUGACCGCUGGAAAUAUAAAAAGAGCGGAGAAACAAGAAGGAGAGUCAUUAGAACUUUGGGAACAAAAUAUUUUGUUGAGAUCGGUCUGUGAUACUGUGGUGCCUAAACUUAUUGCUGAAGAUGUGCCGCUUCUUUCUUCUUUACUUUCUGGUGUCAUUCCUGGUGCUGAUAUUCUUCAAAUCCAAGAAGAAGCUCUUAUCACCCUUUGAAUUGGAAUAAAAAAGCUUUUUCUAAUUUAAAGGGGUUAUUUUUUUUUAAAAAUAAUUAUAGUAAAAAAUAUAAAUUGAAUGUAAUAAUUUUGAAUUUUAAUUUUUUAUAAAGAAUUAAGUUAAAAUAUUAAUUGAUUCAGCAUUCCAUUUGUUAAAUAGCAUUCUAAUUGAAUUGCCUCAGUUAAAUUAGGUCAAAACAAUUUAUAUACAAAUCAUUAUUACUUUUUCCAAUUUAAGAGAGCUUCUUUGCCAAAAAUGGGGAAUUUAACGAUAUUUUUUUCAAUUUAAAAGGGGUAGAGUUAGAGAAAACCUGAAAAAGCUGUGCAAAAAACACAACUUAAUCCCUGAGCCAGCUUUCAUUGAAAAAGUGCUACAACUCAACCAAAUUUUAAGAAUCCACCACGGUGUUAUGAUGGUUGGGCCAAGUGGCUCCGGUAAAAGCGCAGCCUGGAGACUUCUCCUAGAAGCAUCCUCACUUAUUGACGAAAGAAAAGGAGAAUCUUACAUCAUCGAUCCCAAAGCCAUCAUAAAAGAUGAGCUAUACGGCAGAUUAGACUCAACAACUCUUGAAUGGACAGAUGGUGUCUUUACCCACGUGUUAAGAAAAAUCCUCGACAACGUCCGUGGAGAAAGCAACAAGCGCCAUUGGAUCAUUUUUGACGGUGACGUCGACCCAGAGUGGGCAGAAAACUUGAACUCCGUCCUCGACGACAACAAGCUUCUCACCUUACCAAACGGUGAAAGACUUCUUAUCCCUCCAAACGUAAAAAUUAUGUUUGAAGUCGAGACCUUAAAAUACGCAACUUUAGCUACUGUCAGUAGAUGCGGUAUGGUAUGGUUCAGCGCUGAAACAGUUUCGAUUGACAUGAUUUACCACCAUUUCAUGUGUAGGCUUGCCCAAGAAAACUUCGACGAAAAAAUCACUGAUGAAGAAAAAGAAACACCACUUACCCAAAUAAGGAAAGAUUGUGUAAAUGGGGUUAAAAAAUAUUUCCAAGGCGAUGAAUGCUUUGUAACCAGGUGCAUUCAAUAUGCUGAAGCAAGGCCACAUAUUAUGGAAUUCACAAGGAUCAGAGUACUGGAGUCUAUGUUUGCAUUGGUGAGAAAAGGAAUAAGCAAUGUAAUUGAGUAUAAUGAAGGCCAUCAAGAUUUCCCAUUAAGUUUGAGCCAGGUGGAAGGAUAUAUGACUAAAUGGCUUGCAAUGUGCGUCAUGUGGGGCGUCGGAGGGUCACUUAAUUUGAGAGAAAGAGAGAAGUUCUCAAUGUUUGUGCUAGAACAAGCUGAUUUCGACAUGCCUCCUGCUACUGGAUCGCCAUUAUUGGAUUAUGAAGUAAGAAUUGAAGACCAAACCUGGAGCUUAUGGAAGAAAAAAGUGCCAAGUAUGGAGAUCGACACCCAUAGAGUUGUGGACGCUGAUGUCGUUAUUACAACUAUUGACACCCUCAGACACCAAGAAGUCCUUUGCUCAUGGCUCAGCGAGCAUCGACCUUUCUUGCUCUGUGGACCUCCUGGAUCUGGUAAAACUAUGACCCUUAUGGCAACCCUAAAAGCUCUUCCUGACUUUGAAAUGAUUUUUGUGAACUUUUCCAGUUCAACUACCCCAUCUUUGAUACUUAAAGCAUUUGACCAUUAUUGCGAAUACUCACGAACUCCUAAUGGCGUUAUUUUAAGACCUCAUCAGCCUAAUAAAUGGCUUGUAGUCUUCUGUGAUGAGAUCAACUUGCCAGAUGAAGACAAAUAUGGAACUCAAGCCAUUAUCACCUUUUUAAGGCAGUUAACAGAGCAAAAUGGAUUUUGGAGACCUCAGGAUAAACAAUGGGUUACUCUAGAAAGAAUGCAGUUUGUAGGAGCUUGCAACCCACCUACAGAUGCAGGAAGGCAUCCAUUGUCACUAAGAUUUUUAAGACAUACGCCACUUAUUUUUGUAGAUUUCCCUGGAAGAGAAAGUCUGCUGCAGAUUUAUGGGACUUUUAAUAGAGCAAUGCUUAAGAGAGUGCCAUCACUUACUCCCCCAUUUUAAAUGAAAACAAAACAUAGGUAAAAAUUUUUUUGGCACUUUAUUGGAACAAUUUUUUUUCAAUAGGAAAAUUUUUAUAAAUGGAAAGUACUAAUUUUUAUGAAAUUAGUUUUGACUUAACUUAAUAAAAAAAUGCAAUCAGAAUAUUAUUUAAACAGUUUUCACACUGGAUCGAUUGAUUUUGAAUUAGUUUUUCAUAAUCAUAAAUUAAAAUCAAAAAUCAUUGUAUUUUUUAAUUUUUAAAAGAAUUAAUUUAUAAAGAAAAAAUUAAAACCCUUUAAAUUGAAACUGGAAUUUUUUUCCAAUUUAAAGAGGGGGGAGUUAGAGCACACGCUGGACCAUUGACUGAAGCUAUGGUAGAAUUCUAUAUGAGAUCUCAAGACACAUUUACUGCAGAAAUUCAGCCUCAUUAUAUAUACAGUCCAAGAGAGCUUACUCGUUGGAAAUAUGCUAUAUUUGAAGCAUUAGAGCCUAUAGAGACUAUUGAAGAUUUAGUCAGACUCUACGUCCACGAAGGGUUAAGACUUUUCCAAGACAGAAUGGUCCAGCCAUCCGAAAAAGAAUGGUGUGACACUAACAUAAACGAGGUUGCUUUAGCAUACUUCCCUAAUGUAAAUCCUGCUGCACUCGAAAGACCUAUUUUGUUCUCAAGCUAUUUGACUAAGCAUUAUAUUUCAGUCGAAAGAGAAGAGCUCAGAAAGCAUAUUCUUGCAAGACUCAAAACUUUCUAUGAAGAAGAGCUUGAUGUCCCACUGGUUGUCUUUGACAGUGUGCUAGACCAUAUUUGCAGAAUUGACAGAGUGCUCAGACAGCCACUUGGCCACCUUUUGCUAGUUGGUGCCUCAGGAACAGGCAAGACGACGCUUUCAAGAUUUGUCUCAUGGAUGAAUAACUUGUCUGUGUUUCAAAUCAAGGCAGGAAGGAAUUACUCAGUUGAAGACUUUGAUGACGAUUUAAGAGGUGUCAUGAAAAGAGCUGGCUGCAAAGGAGAAAGAAUUUGCUUUAUUUUUGAUGAGUCCAAUGUACUGAGCACAGCUUUCUUAGAAAGAAUGAACGCCUUGCUAGCAAGUGGUGAAGUCCCAGGUCUAUUUGACGGAGAAGAGUACAUGUCACUGAUGAACCAAUGCAAAGAAUCAGCACAAAGAGAAGGGAAAAUAAUGGACACAGAAGAAGAAUUAUAUAGAAACUUUAUUUUCAAUGUCCAGAGAAACUUGCACGUUGUAUUUACCAUGAACCCUGCAAACCCUGACUUCUCGAACAGAACUGCAAGCUCUCCUGCACUGUUUAACAGAUGUGUGAUCGAUUGGUUUGGUAACUGGCCACAAGAAGCCUUAUUCCAAGUAGCUAAUGAGUUCACCCACAAAAUGGAUCUCCUGCCAUCAUCAUUCAAUCAUGCAGCCCAACAAGAAGACCCAGACCUCCGACAUGAAGCCAUUGUAAACUCUAUAGUAAACAUCCACAACUCAGUCGUCACCACAAAUACAAAACUAGCAAAAUCAGCUAAGAAGCACAACUUUAUCACCCCAAGAGAUCUACUUGAUUUCAUUAAACAUUUCGUCAACCUUUAUACAGAAAAGAAAAGCGAGCUUGAAGAACAACAGCUCCAUUUAAAUAUUGGUCUUGAUAAGCUCCGACAAACAGAAGAAGAAGUGAAGAAGCUGCAGUCAUCUUUGGCUGAAAGCACCAAAGAGUUAGCUGCAAAAGAACAACAAGCUAAUGAUAAACUUAAACUUAUGGUCAAUGAACAAAAGCAGGCUGAACAAAAAAGAGAAGCUUCAAUUCUGAUGACUAGAGAACUAGAAGUCAAAGAUAAAGAAAUCAGAGAACGCCAAGAAGUAGUCAAUAACGAUUUAUCAAGAGCUGAACCUGCUUUAAUUGAAGCCCAAAACGCAGUUAAAGGGAUCAAAAAGAAAUUCUUAGAUGAACUAAGAGUGCUUGGUAGUCCUCCAGCUCUGGUAAAAGCAACACUUGAAGCCACAAUUAUCCUUAUCACCAACACUUUCCGAACAAUUGAAUGGAAUGAAAUUAAGGGUAUCAUGAAAAAAGACGAUUUUAUCCCUUCAAUCAUCAACUUCAAGACUGAAAAUCUAAACCCUGCCAUCGCCAAAAGAAUUUCUAAAAAUAUCAUAGAAACCAAAGAAUGGGACAUCGAAAGAAUUUUCAGAGCUUCCCAAGCCGCAGGGCCAAUGGCUAAAUGGGUUGAGUCACAAGUCCAAUAUGCCGACAUUUUAGAUAGAGUAGAACCUUUAAGAUCAGAAGUCAGAGAGCUUGAAAAACAAGGAAAUGAAUUAAAAGACCAAUACGAUUUCCUGCUGAAAACAAUCCAAGAUUUAGAAAAAAAUAUUGAGCAAUAUAAAAAUGACUAUGCAGCUCUGAUUGCGGAGGUCCAGAAAAUCAAAAAUGAAAUGACUGUGGUACAAGAGAAAGUAGCAAGGUCGAAGAAUCUUAUUUAUAACUUGUCGUCAGAAAGAGAUAGGUGGGAAAAUACGUCAACUGCUUUCCAAACCCAAAUGUCAACAAUGAUUGGAGAUGUUCUACUAUCAGGAGCAUUUUUAGCAUAUAUUGGCUUCUUUGACCACUUCUAUAGGCAUACAUUGAUUACCAACUGGAAAGAUUUUGUGGAGCAGCAAGGCAUUAAAUAUAGAGCUGAUAUGAGCUUUGUAGAAUUUUUAUCAAAACCAAGCGAAAGGCUUUUGUGGAAAUCCCAUUACUUACCAGAAGAUGAUUUAUGUGUGGAAAAUGCUAUCAUUUUGCAAAGGUUUAAUAGGUAUCCUCUUAUUAUUGACCCAUCAGGCCAAGCUAUAGAAUUUUUGAUGUCUUAUUAUGCUGACAAAAAAAUCGUAAAAAUCAGUUUCGCUGAUGAUGCUUUUAUGAAAAACCUGGAAAGUGCUUUAAGAUUUGGUUGCCCAUUGCUUAUAGAAGAUGUCGAAAAAAUUGACCCAGUUUUGAACUCAGUGCUUAACAAAGAAAUUUAUAAGACAGGUGGAAGAAUCUUGAUCAGAGUUGGAGACUUAGAAAUUGAUUUCUCGCUGAGCUUCAAUAUGUUCAUGGUUACUCGUAAUCCAAAUGCUAUACCAUUUUUAUAUAAAUUCCAUUUCGAUGUUAACUAGGGUAUUGAGUUUCUUGCAUUAUAUUUAUGUUUUAUAAUAUUUAGUAUACAUUUACACCAGAUCUUUGUUCAAGAGUCACGUUCGUAAACUUCACUGUCACAAUGAGCUCACUACAAGACCAAUGCUUGAAUAUUUUCUUGAAAAAUGAAAGACCUGAAAUUGACAAGAAAAGAACUGAUUUGCUUAAUUUGCAAGGAGAAUAUAAAGUAAGAAUCAGAGAACUAGAAGAAAAACUGCUUCAAGCAUUGAAUGAUGUCAGAGGGAAUAUUCUUGAUGAUGAUCACAUUAUGAGCACUUUAGAAAACCUUAAAAAAGAAGCUGAGGUUGUCAGCAAAGAAGCUGCACAGACAGAAGAAAUUAUGCAGGAAGUUAUAGAAGUCACUAACAAAUACUUGCCUUUAGCAAUUGCUUCAAGUAGGAUUUACUUCGCAAUAGAAAGUUUAAGCAAUGUCCAUUUCUUAUAUCAUUUCAGCUUAAGCUUCUUCAUGAUGGCAAUAUUUGAUGUUUUGAAUAAGGAUCAAGAUCUUCAAAAAGUCCCUAGGACUGAUCCAUUUGUCCGUCUUGAUAUGAUAACGAAGAAAAUCUAUAUCAUCUUCAUAUAAAUAGCAGGCCAAUCGGAUAACUGUGAAUAAUUUUAUGAUUCAUUUUAAUUAGAUAGCCUCUGCAUAAUAAUAAGCUAUUCAUAGGCAUGAAAUAUACAUAAAACUUUAUGGAUCUGUCAGCAGAGGUUUAUUGGAAAGCGAUAAGCUUGUAUUUGCAUUAAGACUGCUGCAGAUUCAUUUAGUCAGCCUAUGCGAAGAAGAAUUAGAUCUCUUUAUGAGAGGAAACCAGCAUUAUCACGAUACUUCUGCGCAUUCAUUUUUGGAUGGAAAAAUAGCAGGAACUCAAGCUAAAGAAAUAGUAGGACUUGCACAGAAAGAGUUAUACCAAGACUUGCCAAGAAGCUUAAUUCAAUACAAGUCUCAAUGGCUUGAUAUGUUUGAGUCAGCAUAUCCUGAAAAAUGCAUCCCAAGUGGUUGGGCUCAUGUAAAUCCAAGAUAUAACGAAAGCACAGCAAAAAUAGCUGAAAUGAUUGUUGAUAUGACAAUUUUGAAGAUUUUUAGACCUGAUAGACUAUUUACAGUAACAAGGAAACUUAUUGGAUUUGUACUAGGCGAAGAACUGCUUGAAAGUACUUCAAAUGAUCUCGGAAAAGUUGUCUUAGAAGAAAGCAUACCUAAAUCUCCUUUGUUAUUGUGUGCUGCUCCUGGGUUUGAUCCUUCACAAAAGGUCGAUAAACUUGUAAAAGAUCUUAACAAGCGCUGCACCUCUGUAGCUAUCGGUUCAUCUGAAGGAUUUGAGUUAGCCGAAAAAGCAAUUAAUUCAGCUAGCAAAGCUGGCACUUGGGUUCUUCUUAAAAAUGUCCAUCUUGCUCCAUCUUGGCUUGUUGAUUUAGAAAAGAAGCUACAUAGGCUCCAGCCUCAUGAAAAUUUCAGACUUUUCCUGACCAUGGAAAUCCAUCCAAAAGUCCCAAGCACCUUAUUAAGAAUUUCAAAUACUUUUGUGUUUGAGCCGCCAGCCGGAAUUAAAGCCUCAAUGAUAAGAACUUUUAAGACUGUUUUAAGUCCAGAAAGAACUGAUAAAUCGCCUGCGGAAAGGUCAAGACUCCACUUUUUGCUUUCUUGGUUCCAUGCAGUAUUAGGAGAAAGGCUUAGAUAUACACCUAUAGGUUGGACUAAAGCUUAUGAGUUUGGUGAAGCUGACCAGCGUUGCACACUUGAUGCAAUUGAUCAAUGGAUUGACAAUAUUUCUCAGAAUCGUGCUAAUAUUCCACCUGAAAAGAUACCUUGGGACGCUAUUAGAGCAACUAUAUCGAAAUCUUUAUAUGGAGGCAGAGUUGAUAAUGAAUUUGAUGAUAAAAUUUUAUCAUCCUUUGUAAAUGAACUCUUCAGAGAAGAAAGCUUUGGACCAGAAUUCCAGCUGUUUAGAGGUGAAAAUCCGUUAAAGAUUCCUGAAGCUAGAACUUAUAGCCAAUUCUUAGACUGGAUUCAUAAUCUACCAGAUGUAGAAAGUCCUGAGUGGGCUGGCUUGCCAAGCAAUGCAGAAAAGCUACUCAAAAGCCAAGAAGCAAUUACAGCUGUAGGGAAGCUUGUGUCCAUCCAAGGCACUGGAGAUGAUGAAUUAGCAUACAGCGAAAAAGCAGAAGAAACUAAAAGUGCUUGGCUUGUCGCACUAAAUCAGCGUGUUGGUCAAUUAAUAGAUCUUCUCCCAGCUCAACUCCCUACCCUUCAUAGAACUGCUUUAUCAAUCACAAACCCACUCUUCAGGUUUUUAGAAAGAGAAAUCCAAGUUGGCUCACUUCUUCUCAGCGAGGUAAGAAGUGACUUAUUCCAGCUUAAAGAAAUGACUGCCGGCACCCAAAAAUUCACAAAUCCUAUCAGGUUGAUUGCACAAGACUUGCAUGCUGACAUAAUUCCUAAGAAGUGGAGAAGAUACCCAAUUGCGCCUAUAACAGUCACAGAGUGGCUUUUAGACUUCAAAGCAAGACUUGACCAACUAAGUGGCUUGGCUGCCUCAAAUGAUUAUGGAAGAAAAGGGGUCUGGUUUGGAGGAUUUUUCUUCCCAGAAGCAUUUAUGACUGCCACUCGCCAAGCUACAAGUCAGAAGCAUAUGUGGUCUUUGGAUGAAUUAUCAAUUGAGCUUGAAGUCGGUGGACAGUUGCAUGGAAGUGAUGAUGAUGGAUUUAUUAUGACUGGGCUCAAGCUAGAAAGCGCUUGUUGGGAAAAUGAUGCUUUACAAUUAACACCAGAACUUUCACAUGCCAUCCCAAGCUGUGUUCUGCGUUGGGUUAAGAAUAAGCCCAGAGGAGAAAAUUUGAUUCCUCUGCCUGUAUAUCUCAAUAACUUGAGAAAUAAGAUCAUCAUGUCAGUCAAGCUUUCAGGAGGAGAAGGAAGUGAAAGCAUGUGGUACCAAAGAGGAGUAGCUUUAACUGCAUGGAAUAAGGCUUAA